AUGUGUAGUAUGCGAGAACAAGCUCAAAUGGUCAAAAUGGCAUUUAAUGAUUUAAAGUCACAAUAUAUUUUAGCAUUCGCUAUUUUGAAACAUGACGGACCCGAGAAUAAAUGGAAUAAGAUUUCGGAUGAUAUUCGAGAACAUGUUUUAGCAUCACCAGUAGCAUGCUUGAAACAAUACAAUGAAUUAUCGAGAUUAUAUCAAAAUGAUUGGCAGAAAAGUGGAGAUAAUGAACCAUUCUACAAGUAUUUAUAUUUCAAAUUGAAGAAAUCAUACUACAGUGAAUUAUGUGAUAAAAUUCAAGAAAGUCGAAAAGUAAUCGAUGUAGUUUAUGAAUUUGUAAGACAUUUUGGUGAUGGUCGAAUUCAAGUUCAAGAUAUUAACGAUUUAAUAAAACAAGUUGAUCUAAAACCCGAAAAUCGAGAAAUAAGCGGCAAAAAAAUGAUGAUAUUAAGCAGAAUCAAAGAUUAUAUGAUUUUACAGAAUAAAAUAUGUAUUACCGAUCCACUAAUAUCAAAUAAUCAUUCAAUUAUGUCUAUACCACCAUUCCGACGAGAUAGUAUAAAACCAAUCAUAAACAUUCAAACAACAGAAUUAGAAACAAGAGAACCGAAUGUUCUACUUGAAAUGUUCCAAGAUGAUGUAAGCCAAGUACCGAAUAUAAAAGGAGAAACAAUAUCAGACGAAAAUAAAGAAAAGAUUUUAUUCGAUACAAAUUGUAAUAGUAAUAAUAAUGGUUGUAACAUCUUUUCUUUAUUGCAAGAUGUUUGUCACCCACCAGCACCCGUUCAUCAUGGAAAUCGUUCGUCAGAAAGAUCUAAACCUUUCGUAGUUGUUGAUAGCGUUGAUAGUAUUAGGGAAGAGAAACCGGUAUCAAAUCGAAAUAAAGAAGAAAUAAUUGAAUUAAUCGUUGACGACAAUGAUAAUAGAGAAGAAGAAGAAGAGAAACAAAGUACACAAAAGAUGGAUACAUAUGAUGAGAUUAGUAACGUGACACCAAUUGAAACGGAAAUAAACGAAACGACAACAUUUCAAGAUGUGUCAAGAACAGCAUCGGAAGAUAUGGAAAGAGAAGAAAUUAAUCAAUCACAGGAGGAUGAAGAAAAUGAGGAAUCAAAUCUUUCUUUAACUACUCCAAUGACUCAGUCAUCGUCUGAAAGUACACAGGAUAACCAUCUAUCACAAUAUGACGAUAUUAGUAAUGAAACAUCAAAUUCAAUUAUUUAUCGAGAAAAAACAGCACCAUCAACAACAUUAGAAAGUGAUAACACUAGCAAUAAACAAUUAUUAGGUGGAAAGCAUAGUGAAAGUUCUGACGGUAAUUUAUUUCAACAAUCAUCGAUUAAUGUAAUUGAGGAUCAUAGCACUAUUGUUGAUAAAAAUUCUAAUUAUACUGGUGAUACUGCUAUUGAUAUGAAUAUAUUUGAUACAUUUAGUGAAGAUAAAAAUGAAUAUAAAGAACCAGAAUGUAUUACUAUUGAGAGUGAUGAAGAAGAAAGUAUUAAUUCACAGUCUAAUAAUAAUAAUAAUCAAAGUAAUCAUAUAGAAAACAAAUUUGAACAAGUCAUACUGAAAGAAGAGCAAAGAUCUAAAACGUUUGAGCCAAAAACUAGACGUAAAGGUCUACGAAUAACAAAUGAAUAUAUCAUGAUCAAUAAUAAUCCUUCUCAUAUUACAAUUAAAAAAACGAAACAACAAUUUCCGACAACACCGACAAAAAUUGACAAACAAAAUCGUAAACCUAUGCUUCAUGUUCAGAAAACACUUGCAAGUUCGAAAUAUGGUGGUGAUUUCAAAAAACCAAUAUUGACAUAUAAUUUACCAGAAGAUUAUAUCGAAAAAAUUAAAAGACCGAUGGAUUUACAUCAAUUGAAACAAAAUAUUGAGAUGGGCAAUUAUGAUGAAAACAUAUUUGAAUUUCAACGUGAUGUGAUGAUAAUGUUUACAAAUGCAUUGUAUUUUUAUGCUCCUGGUGAUGAAGUCUAUGUCCAUGCACUUGAAACACUAUCAUUAGCUCAACAACUGUUACGGACUACACCCAAUACAUUGAUUCCAUGGGCUGAACAGAGAUUACAGCAACAAAAAACAGAUCGUUUAAGAAGUUCUACAUCAAAAGUUCAAACAAUGGAUUAUCAAGACGAUUAUGAAUUUUCGUCAAUAUUCGGUGAUUCUAAACAAGAACUAAUUGAUUAUUCUCUAGCAAAACAGCAAUCAGUAGAUAGCGAUGAAAAGGAAUCAACAUCAACGAUCGCUGUCAGACAAUCAUUGAGAAGAACAAAAUGGACAAAUAUGGCGUAUGUUAGUGAUCCAGGUUUGAGGAGUAAGCGUAAACGAACGAGUUAA